GAGAGGGCUUUCCAAACGCUACUGCAAUAUUUUUGUUCCCCUUUUCACUGAUCAGAUAGCUCAACACAAGUCCGCCAAAACAGUAGUGAGUUUGUUUAUUGAACUCUCUCUCUCUCUCUCUGUUUUCCCUUGUGCUCUGUCUCUCCAUAGGCAGUGUCGAUGCUCUGUUUUCCUCUGUUGAUAGUUUUGGGUUCAGCAGGGGAAGAAGAGAAGGGGCAAUGCAGAGCCAGCAGAGCAUGCAAUUGCAGGAUGGAGGCAGAAGAAUUCCAACCAGGCCUCGAAGCCACAGAAGGAUGAGAAGAAAAUCUUCAGUGAGGAGUUUGUACCAUGGCAAUACAGAGGUUAUGAAUCACAUCAUGCAAAAGGCCAAAGCAGUUGAAUACAACCUUCCAAAGGACCAUCCUACCUUCAUCAAGCACCUGUAUCCCUGCCAGGUCAAAACCCCUUUUAAGCUGAAUCUCCCCAAGGAGUUUUGCGACAAGCAUAUGCCAAUCUCCGACCAGGCUUUUAACUUGGAAGCCGAGAGCGGACAAGUCUACCGUGUAAGCUAUGCAGCGCGCCUCCAUCAACUCGGUGGAGGAUGGAAAAAGUUCUCAGUUGAUCAGAAAUUGGUCCCUGGAGAUGUUCUUGUUUUCCAACUGGUUUCUCCAGCCAGGUUCAAGGUCUGCAUUGUGAGGAAGAAGGACUCAAAUCAAGCGAUCUGUGUUGGUCUUGGUUUUGUGAAACCAUACACUUUUAACCCCGUAUCAGAAGUAAUCGACCUUGAAGAAGAAGAAGAAAACAGCGACACUACCAGGUUGAUCAUGGAGAAGUAUCAUGAUGCUGAGAUAAGAAAUGGGGUUUGCUAUGAUUUCAAGCUAGUUGAAAGCAUUGAAGAUUUCAGCAUUGUGGCAAACGGUCUAGUCAUAGAUGGGGAACUGCCCGGAUGGGUUCGAUCCAGGUACUACGAGCUGUGCCGGAGUCGGAACUCGUUUCUGCAUCGAGGUGUGAUGAAGGACCUUACCUGUAAGCUGAUUGCUGGUGCAAUUGCCGAGACUGUCAACAUUGCGGAUGCCAUCAGAGGGUUCAGGGGUGAUGUAAGUGGAGAAGGAGAUUUUGAGACUUGGAGGACCAAAUUGGAAGCUUUCGAGAAACUGGGGAUGAAAGUUGACUUCCUCCUCGUUCGCUUGAGGAAACUGGAGGAAAUUUAUGACGAGGCAAAUAGGUACAGGGAACUGAGAACCCAGAGAGCUGCUGCAGAGGCUGAGGUAAGGAAUUUGGAGGCACAACUUGGAGAAGCCAAAGGAAGAGUGGGGGAACUGAACACUGUGAUUGGACUUGAUGGAUUGAUGGAUAUCGAAGAUCCUUUCAAAGAUUUGGCAAAUGCUCCAUGGUGAUGUAAAUCAUGUAAUAGGGCUCGAUCCAAAUGUUAGUGAUGAUAAAUGAAUGUUACUGUAGUAA